CUGCCGCCAUGGCGGGCGCGCUGGGCGGCAUGUUCGGCUCACAGCCGCCGGGGCCGCCUCCGCCGCCGGGGCCGCCCGGCCCGCCUGGCCUCAUCCCGCCGCCCGCGGGGCCGCGCAACCCCAACAACACGCUGGUGGACGAGCUGGAAGCGUCCUUCGAGGCCUGCUUCGCCUCGCUGGUGAGCCAGGACUACGUGAACGGCACGGACCAGGAGGAGAUCCGCACCGGUGUCGAUCAGUGUAUCCAAAAGUUUCUGGAUGUUGCAAGACAAACUGAAUGCUUUUUUCUACAAAAAAGACUGCAGCUAUCAGUCCAGAAACCAGAACAAGUAAUUAAAGAGGAUGUUUCAGAAUUAAGAAAUGAAUUGCAGAGAAAAGAAGCAUUAAUUCAGAAGCAUUUGAGUAAACUACGACACUGGCAACAGGUCCUGGAAGACAUCAGUGUACAGCACAAAAAGCCUGCAGAAAUGCCUCAAGGUCCCUUAGCUUACCUGGAACAAGCCUCUGCGAAUAUUCCUGCUCCAAUGAAGCAAACAUAAUCUUCAGUUUUACAUAGCUCAGUAUUUUCAACGGUGCAAAGCAGUGGUGUUCUUGCUUUGUAUGCUUUUUGUAUAAUGUAAUUUGUACUACAAAUAUAAAUAGUUAAGACAAGCCAAAUAAAUUAUCUUUUUUUUUUUUCCCAAAAGUAUGGACUGGUUUUAUAUUUCAAUGGAAAGUAUUCAGAGUUGCUGUUCAGGAUGCUUUCUGAUAGACGUGUGUCUCCAUUAGCAUCCUGUUCCUUCUAGAGAGGGUGGCCCUAGUUUUCCUUCUGUCUUUGCUGGUAUGAUGAAAAUACUUGCAAAGAUUAGUGUUUGAUUUUACUGGAAGAUUUUAAUGUUUUGUGAUCCAGUAAUUAUCCACGAGGACCACUGUAGAAACACCCUUAGAUUUGACUGUACUUUUUUGAAGUGAAUUGUCGUUCUUCACCAGACUUUUGUUCACCUCACAGAAGGGGUCUUGGGAUAUACAAAUUUGGUUAUUAUAGGAUGAUCUGCUCAUAGAUACCAAGGCACUCAGUGUUACUUACUGUAUACUGUUUUAUCUUCUUAAUUACAUAUAUAAAAAGUGUCUUUUUGUCAAAUCUAAUGCAAAAGUCACUUUCCAAAUCAAGCAGUUCCUUUUGGAAAAAAUACUAGAUAGCAGGGAUGAAAAGUAUUAGCCUGUAGAAGCAUUCUGCCCUUUUUGCUACCUUUUCACCACCAGUGAGGUGCAGCAGCUGUUUUGUAUUUAAUUAUUUGCGUCUGUUGGAACAACUCUUGCUGGCUGUUGGAGAGAGGAUGAGGUUAGGCUGGAGGUAUACCUCGCUCAUGGAAAAUUUCUGUUAGCUGGGCCCUGCUGGUCAAAAUUAAAUGGGGAUUCAAACCGUAUAGCAGUUGAAGAGGAGCUAUCCUACCUUAAACACCAGGCUGCUGGUUACAUAGUUCCCUCCCUGCCUUUCACAGUUACUGAUGAGUUAAUUACCUGAGGGUUAAUUUCUUUAUAGGUGUCUUUCCUCCCAGCAAUGAGUUAGCAUGAUCUGAUAAAUGUAGUCAUUCCUCCACUUUACAUUUAGGUGGGCAUAAAAGGUACAUGUGUGCAGUUCCCAUCACUCUGGAACUCAGUGUAUCAAUCUGACUCACAUUUCAGCAUAACACAGCAGUCUUUUGUAAAACACAGAAAUGGAUCAUUUACAAGCUUUAAUGUUCAUACUUACACAUCAUCCUACUUUAUCAGGCUGAUACAUGUAUUGAAAUGCAAUAGGAAUAUUGCAAUACUGACUAUACAAAACAGUUUAUUAAGCAAACCUGAAACUAUUUCUAAACCAGCCUCCUAUAAACAUGCUAUUCUUGAAGGUAUACUGCAUGCUGUACAGCUUAAGAUUAGUUUAACAAAAACCGUUAAAAACUUAAAAAAAUCACAUCAUUAUAUGCAUAACUUACUUUAAACAGCUGAUGAAUCAAAUGUAUAAAUGUACAGAAGUAAGACCUUUCUUCAGCUGGUACCAGAUUGAUAGGAUGUAUCGGAGUCCAAAUCGCAUAUUUAAUGAAAUGGUGGAGUGGUAGAGUCUCUUGAUUAUAAAAAUUUUAUAACAGUAUUUUUGCUUUUUGUUCAUUUUUUACAGAGGUUGUUAAAGAAAUGCAUUUUUUUGAAAUCCAUGCCUGUAACUCCAGAGUUAAUAGAUAAAAAAUCCUGAUCCUAUGCAUGGUGCUGUGCUCACAUGAAUGGAUAAGGCCAAAAGGUGCCAGCUACAAAACACUAGUGGGAUCUGUGCUAGUCAGGUAACUCAAACAGUUGCCUGUAACAUGCAGAGCUAAACAGCUAUGGAGAAAUGUUUGAACAUAAUUCUUAACUUGACAUUUUGAAAAAUAAAAGGAUGCUUCAAGGAUAA